AUGAUCUACACCAAUGUCACAAGGAUGAAAAGCUUCUUCAUCCUUGGAUUCGCUGGACUUUCACCACAAUAUUAUGGACCUGUGUCGGCUCUGCUUUUUUCCCUCUACCUAUCCAUUGCAAUAGGGAAUUUUUUCAUUUUAGCAUUUGUUUUCUGUGAGAAGUCUCUUCAAAAACCAACAUAUCUGGUCUUUUGUCACCUGGCACUGAAUGACUUAACGUUUGGCACUUUGACCCUCCCAAAGAUCAUAUCAAAAUACUGGUUUGGUGACAGCUUUAUUUCUUUUCAUGCUUGCUUUUCACAGAUGUUCUUCGUCCACUAUUUAGGAUCAGUAACUUCUUUCAUGUUGUUGGUAAUGGCUCUUGAUCGAUUUAUUGCAAUAUGUAUUCCACUGCGUUAUCCUGUCCUGAUCACAAACAACACCAUAUCUGUGCUCUGUGGCGUUGCUUGGUUCAUACCUCUUCCUUUAAUGGUUGGUGUUGUACUCCAUGCCCUUACUUUACCUUACUGUAAAUCCAAUAUUAUCGCUCAAUGCUACUGUGACCACAUAUCUAUAACAAGUCAAGCAUGUGGUAAAGAUGUUAUAGUUGUACAGGUCACUUCUCUCUGUAUGGCCAUGUUUUGUCUGUUGCUCCCUCUUGCAUUCAUCCUGUGUUCUUACAUUACCAUCAUUGUGAUCAUUAUGAAAAUGUCAAAUGCUGCUGGCCGCAAGAAAACCUUAUCAACGUGCACCCCGCAAAUAUUUAUCACAUGUCUUUUUUACCUCCCCAGAUGUUUUGUUUAUGUAGCUAAUACUGUUGGAUUUUCUUUCAGUUUCGAUGUUCGCAUUUUGUUGAUAUUGCUGUACAGUCUUUUUCCUGCUGCUGUUAAUCCAAUAAUAUAUUGUUUUAAGACUCAGGAUAUCAAGCAGACUUUGCUAAAGAAACUGAAAACAACAAAAAUUAGAGUAGAGAUAAAAAUAUCAGUCAUAUAA